UACUGAGUGAGCUGUGAUUGGUUACAGCUUGUCACAUGGUACAAGGCUGUUGUGAAUAACCUUGUACCAUGUGACCUCUGUGAUCAUUCACAGAUUUCACACGUAGUAAGUAAUGAUGUCAGAAGUGACAUCUUGCUUACUACUCUGCAUGUGGUCACUGACUGGCCAAUCAGUGAUCACAUGAUCGGGACCUCACACAGAGGUCCCGUACAACGAUCAGUGUUCCACUGUGUCCGGAGGCGGGCGCCGGACUGCGGUGCUGUGCACUCCCAGGGAGCACACACAAGCAGGGUGCGGCCACCCACCCCUGCACUGCUCCCGUCUAGCCAUUUUACAUGGGCCGGAUGGGAAGUGGUU